GCGGUCCCAGCCACUCACCAUCAUCUUCCAUUAUUCCUCAAAUCGUAUAUAACCGACCUUUAAUGGCAGAGAUACACGGCAAAUCGAGUAACUAUGACCACUCCUCCUCGUCAGCGUCGUUCUACUCAAAUUUCCACGGCUUCUCCACGAAAAACCUACCCCACGAGUAUCAUGACAGACAGGAUUUCGACACUGAGCAAGCGAGACGAGCUCCCCCCCAUGAUUGGGGAAGAGUUGUAUGGUAAGUAUGAAGGUCCAAUGGAUCCAAUGGAAUUUUUGGAACAGUAUCUUCCUCAAGUGAGCAAAUCGAACGCCGAUGCAGUCAAGGCAAAGUUCGAAGAGGCAUUUACAGGGAAGGGUAGGAAGGCGAGAGAGACUACUAAGAAAGCCGGUGUGGAUGAUAGGACUCAUACAGAGGUUAAGAUGUAUACUCCCCUAGUACGUCCCCCUUUUCUCCACGGCCUACAGCUCACGAGUAGGUUUUGCCCAUGUAGAUCGAAGCCAUCAUCCUUGCUUGUCCCAAUCUACAACUACAACUUUGCAACACGGCAACUAUCUCAACCUCGGUCAAUUGGUGCCGCAACCCCUCGUUCAUCUUCCCCGAUAUUCCGGUGUACGAUAAAGCCAACCUUCCAAAAGGCGACGGAGAAGUCGACAUGAGCAAGGUCGAAUUUUUUCUGGAGGCGAAACCUGACAAGUCGUACAGCGGCUUCACCAACGAAACAGGUCCCGCAUUUGAAAGGAACAGUGAUAGAGGGGCAGGCACUCGUUACCAGCUGGCAGCCUAUGUUGGUGGCAUCAUGGCUUCGCAGUUCCGUACUCACUGUUUUGUGGUGGAAACAUGUGCAGAUCAAGCUCGUUUACUUCGAUACGACCACGGUGGUGCCACCGUAACCACCUCGUUCUCUGUUCUUGAGGAGUCUCACCUUGUCGAAUUCUUCGCCCGUUACGACAAGGCCAGUCCUACUGCACGCGGUCACGAUUCUUCCGUUGAACGUCUGAAGCCAGGAACAGCGAAUGAUGGGCGUAUUAAGGAGACGAGAGAAAAGCUGGGUAUGGAAUCGGACGAUCCCGUCUACAGGUUUAGAGUUAAAGACGAGUUCAGUUCGACUAUGCAUGUUUUCUACGGUGCGAAGGUCAUCGUGAAAGCCAGUCCCUGCCCUCAUGGUCGAUCUACUCGAGGUUUUAUUGCGAUAGAUGGAAAGGGAAACCAUCGAUUUCUGAAGGAUACUUGGAGGGUAGAUCUCAAAGCUCUAGAUACCGAGGGGUCGGUUUAUCGUAUCCUUCAUGGACUCAAGGAAGGUCUUGGAACUGAUCUUUCGAUAUCCGAUCGAAGGGUACCUCAUAUUCCAACCGUGGUAGCUUCCGGGGAUGUCGAAGGACCUAACCAGAAGACGACUAAGAAGGAAUUAUGGAGUGUGAAGGAAGGAAACGAGCGCCUGUAUCAACAUUACUAUCUUGUCCUCGAGGAAAUUGGGAAACCACUAGACCAGUUUGAGGACCAGUUUGAGUGGAUUUCGGCUAUGGCGGAUGCUUUGGAAGCGCAUCAGAAAGCAUGCGAGAUUCAUAAGAUAUCACACCGCGACGUCAGCGUCGGCAACAUCCUUAUCUACGACGGUGGUGGACUCCUCAUCGAUUGGGAGUUUAGUAAAUGCAUGAUCCUCGAAACCGCUCGCCAAGCUGAGAGAACCGGGACCUGGCAGUUCAUGUCAGCCCGACUUUUGCUCGCGACGGCAGGAGAAGAUGUCCCUCAUUUGAUGGCCGAUGACCUCGAAUCCUUCUUCCAUGUCCUUUGCUGGGUCGCCUUAAAACACGCGGAACAUCUGCUCUCAGAUUUGGAGGUGGUUAAGAUGUUGAGGGCGAUAUUUGACGAAGUUUUCUACAUGCCGGGUAGAACGCUUGGAGGGACAGGAAAAGUCGACGCUCUCGGUGCGUUGAAGAUGAAGAGGAACGGGAAGUUCAAUGCUGGACCGGUUAAGGAUCUUAUCAUCGAUCUCGAACAAAUUUUCCAAGUUCGCUACAUCGAGACACCCUCCGAGGAGGAUUUGAGGACCGUCGAAGCUAUUCAAAGUGUUGGUGGUAUCAUUGAUGCGGAAGACGAAAAUCUCACGGACGCACUCAGGUGGCGUAAAAGACAAGCACGACUUGAACAUGCUUGGAUUUUCGGUCGUUUCAGACUUGUUGUGGAGAAGUUCCGUAGAUGCUGUCUACCUCCGCCAAAACGAGUUCCUCGAGAGAAUCUUCUGAACGAAGCGAACAGGGCGUACACUCCAAGUCAUGCAUUCAAGUUGAAACGCUCUUCGGACAUGUUAUCUCAAAACGAAUCAGUACCACAGCGUGAGUUACGGUCGAAACGCCGUCGUUUCUCUUGAACCGGGGUAGCCGGUUAUCAUUCGCACGGAGUAACGUGACUAAGGUCUUUUAAAACGUUUCGGCUUUGCAUAAAUAUGUUAUGCUGUACACUCUAAUCUAUGAACACACUUCAGUUACCAUGGUUGCUCGUACAUAUGUAGCUGAGAGUCCCUG